AUGAACAAAAUGUCUUGCUUACCAAUAUUAAAAAAGGUAUCCAUGAAUCACAAUCAUACUCAUUUGGAAUCCGAAACUUCUGAUGUUGAAAGAACCACUAGCUUUGAAUCAAGUUAAUUGGGCAGAAUAAUUGAAAUUACAUCAUUUAGGAGAAUUUCCACAUCUUCAAAAGGAGAUAAUAAUUAAAGUCCUAGACAAUAAAGGAAAAAUUCCCUUGUCACUUUCGAAUCUAAUGAUAUUAGUAUCUCUGUCAGUCAAAUCAAAUCCAUAAACGAGUAAUAAAUUAAUUAUAUUAUUAGUCCUUCAUUGUAUGUAAAAAUGAAUGAUUUGUAGAAUAGAAUUUGGAAAGCAUUGACUAAAUUCACAAAUGCAUAAUUAGUACUACUCCUUUAUUAUUUAGGAAUCAGUUUUUUUGAUUGA